CAGGGAAGCGUGGACGGACUGAAGAUGGAAAGAGCCGAGGAGAGCGCCUGUGGUGCGGAAGGGGCCGCGCGGGCUCCCGAAGCGCAGCUGCGGCUGGUCCUGGUGGGCAGGAGCGGGACGGGCAAGAGCGCCACGGGGAACAGCAUCCUGGGCCGGCGCUGCUUCGAGUCCAGGCUCGGCGCCACCUCGGUGACCAGGACGUGCGCCGCCGGCAGCCGCCGCUGGGCCGGGUGGCACGUGGAGGUCGUGGACACCCCGGACAUCUUCAGCGCCCACGUGCAGCGCACGGACCCCGCGUGCGCCGAGCGAGCCCGCUGCUACGUGCUGUCGGCGCCCGGGCCGCACGCGCUGCUCCUGGUCACGCAGCUGGGCCGCUACACCGCCCAGGACCGCCAGGCCUUCGCCCAGGUCAAGGAGCUGUUCGGCGACGACGCGGCGGCGCGCACCGUCGUGGUCUUCACGCGCAAGGAGGACCUGGCCGGCGGCUCGCUGCAGGAGUACGUGCGCGCCGCCGACAACCGCGCGCUCGCCGAGCUGCUGGCCGAGUGCGGCGGCCGCGCGUGCGCACUGGACAACCGCGCGGGCGGCGCCGAGCAGGAGGCGCAGGCGCAGCAGCUGCUCGGCCUGGUGGCGCGCCUGGCGCGGGAGCACGGGGACGCGCCCCUCACCAACGACGUGUACGCGCUGGCGCACGCGCUGCGGGCCCAAGAGCCCCAGGAGCGGCUGCGCGGGGUGGCGCGGCAGCUGGCGGCGCGCAUGCGCAGGCCCCAUUGGCUGGGCUGGAGGCGGGGCGGGGCCGUCGUGCUGGGGGCGGCGCUGCUGGUCCUCUGGCUGCUCUACCGCAGAGCUGAGCCCCUGGCUGGGGUGAUCUGA